AUGGGAGAUUCGACCUUGAUGCCUGAACAUUUCACUGGCAAAGACACGACUCAUGCUGCGGAAUGGCUUGACCGUUUCCUUCAUUUUGGAAACUUUAAAAAGUGGACUGACGCACAGAAAGUAGAAGUUUUUCCACUAUUUUUGAAGGACUCUGCGUAUCUCUGGUACAAAGAUCUUAUACCAUCGCUAGGGGAAGAUAUCAUCAUUUUCGAUGAGGUAGAGAAAUUAUUCAGGGACAAGUACAUCCACCCAACUGACCGGUGGGCCCUUCUAGAAUCUUUCGUGAGUCGUAGGUUAUCCCCAACUGAACCUAUAGACACGUAUUUAGCGGAUUUGACCCAAACAGCUAGCCUAUUAGGUAAGACUGACAUGGACUUGAUGGAUGCAUUUGUUCGGGGACUGGAUGACGGUACAAGGCAACACGUGCUAAUGAAACAGCCGACGGCUCUGAACGAAGCUGUUUCGUUUGCACGUUUGGCUCGAUCCAUAAUCCCUCAAAUUUCAGAAAAUACAGGUGUCAAGUUGGCAAUUGAUACUCUGAGAGACCAGAUUGCUACACUCGCGGCAAAGCUCGCACCAUCGUCGUCCCAGAUUAAUACCUUCCAGUCACGACAGAAUCGAUAUUCCCAACCCCCCAGACAGUCCUCUAGGUAUACAACUCGGCCGUGGCAGCCUCCCCGACAGCAGUUCCAGCCACUCUCGUAUCCGGACGGACCACACCAGCAGAGAAGCCAGCCCCCUCCUCAACGCACACAGUACAACACGGGACGGACCAUGGCUCGGGCACGCCCCUGUUACAGAUGCGGUGAAUCCAGAGGCCUCCUCCGACCAGUAUGGGUCUUAUUCAUUGUCAUCGCGUUGGUUAGCAUCCAGAAUCGGGUUAAUUCCGUGCAUACGCAACUCCGACUUCCAUGGGGAGUUGUCUUCGUACAUAUGUCACGAAUCGACAUUUCCCAGAAUAAGUGGAUUCAUAUCUUUCAAUAUAAAUUGCCUGAUUUAGAUGGAAUGGGCAAUAGAUCAAGAUAUCGAGACUUUUGUUCCACAUAUACUUUGGCCUGUUAUACCGUUUCGGCGAUGGAUGGAUAUAUAGAAAAGGCCGAACGAGAGUUGUUCGCGUAUUGGACAUAUGUCCAUAAAGACAUUAACCUGUUAAUUCCCCAUAUUAACAUUUUUCACAAGGAUUCACGCACUAAACGAGCGAUACUUCCUUUUAUUGGAUCAAUAAGUCGUUCGCUGUUUGGUACUGCUACAGUCGAGGAUGUUGAACGACUGGCGCGGUAUGUUAAACAAUUGUCGUUGCAUGCUGCUAAUACUUCUCGUGCUUUUCAAGUCCAAGUUCGUCAGAUGUCGUCAUUUAUAACUAAAACAAAUGAACGCAUUUACUCAGCUCUCGCGGGUAUUGAAACAAACCAUAAAGAUGUUAUACUAGUCACUAAACAAAUACAAGAUGUGGAGAGAUUUAUUUUUAUCACAAUGAAAAUCUUGUUAGAUCGCCUCACGUUCCUAACUACUAUUAGACAAGAAAUUGAUGAAAUGUAUUUAGGCAUUCAACAGUUAGUUAAUCAACGAUUGAGUCCAUCUUUACUCCCAGUUUCGGAAGUAAAGAGAGCGUUAAAAAUGAUUCAAAAACGUCUCAAUGCAGAAUACCCGUUGUUUCACGUUGCACAUAAGGAUCCAGGUUAUUAUUAUCGGGAACGCACUGUUCACUACCUCUACCACGCCCCGACUGUCUGCUGCCCGUCUGUCAAUGACCUCCAGCAACUUUCUGAUGACCUCCGGCUGAAAUGUUCCUCUGAAGAACUGGAGGCAAUUUGUGGUAAGUUGACUUGA